GCGACGCGACGCUUGCCCGGGACUUCACGAACUGCGGCCGGGGAAGCGCCGGCACCAGUUGUGCUUUGGCCGCCUGAGUGGUUCGGUCCGUGUCCUCCGCUUUCCUGUCAGUGGGGGUCCAGACUGUCGGUCCCCAGGCCUUCCGCAGCGACAGUGGAGGCCGCAGCAGGGCCUGUGACUGAUGGUCUCCACAUGCUACCUGGGAGCUAAAGAGGAAUGGCAGCUGUGAGCACCCUGUUGGGCCUGCUGAGGCAGAGUGCCAGGAGGGCAGCCAGCCCUACACCCCGCUACCUGCAUGUGUCCCCCUGGUGGGCUGACAGCAGUAGGGCCUCACUCACUCGUGUCCGCCGCCAGGCCUAUGCGCGCCUCUACCCAGUGCUACUGGUGAAGCAGGACGGCUCCACCAUCCACCUCCGCUACAGGGAGCCACGACGCAUGUUGGCGAUGCCAGUUGACCUGGAUGCCCUAUCUCCCGAGGAGCGCCGGGCCAGGCUCCGUAGGCGCGAGGCCCAGCUCCAGCCCAGGAAGGAAUAUGAGCAGGAACCAGGUGACGACCUUGACCUGGAACGCUAUCGGCGGGUCUGGGCUCGGCCCAGGAAGUGACUGCUGCUUGAGCUGCCCAGGGUGCCUCUGAGCAGAAGGGCACGUCCUUAAACACACCUUCUCAAAGCCUGA